AUGUGCAAUGGUUUGAAGAGGCUUAUAAGCAUCUUCAACGGCAUUGAGGAGAUGAUGUGCACACCGAGCAACCAAGUUAGCCUCUGCCAAACCCUGCAAAGGAAGGCAGUGGAGGAAGAGCUCGAACGGUCAUUCGUCUUGCUUGACCUCUACAACAUCAUGCAGGAAAGCUUCGCCAACCUGAAGAUGACUGUACAAGAACUGCUCCUGUCUCUUAAAAGAGGAGAUGAUGCAGCUGCUCAAGUCAAGGCAUACAUCCAGCUGACCAAGAAGGCACACAAACAGUUCAAGAAGGUCUGCAAAAAGACUACUUCUGAUGAGAAGGAUUGCAAGGUGGCGAAGAGAGAAGCCUGGGUUGAGCAGCAACAAACUGCAGCUUGCCUUGCCUAA